UGUGGUACUAAUCACACACUGGCGCUCACCAGCGAUGGCCGGGUUUAUGCCUGGGGUGACAACAAUUUGGGUCAAAUCGGUUGCGGGGAUAACAAUGACUCAAUUUGUACACCAUUUAAGUUACAAUUCAGUAAUAAUUCUAUAAUUGAAUCCAUUUAUUGUUGUUAUGACUCGUCGUUUGCCAUCACAUCCGACGGACAGGUGUUUAGUUGGGGCGACAAUAGAGGCCACGAAUUGGGACACAAUAUAACCGAUAAGAGAGUAUUUAAGCCCCGAUUGAUUGAAACCAUAGUUGACGUGAAGUCAAUCUGUUGUAGUGUUUAUGGCAUAUAUUUCCUGACAUCCAAAGGAAUCCAUAAAAUCACUGAAAGACAUGAAAUUAUUGAAACAAAUUAUCAAAAUUUUGCCGAUCUUUACGCCAAUGAAUGUCAAAUUACUUAUAAAACAAUUAAUGUAAACGAAAUGAAUAGCAUUUCCGACAAUCAGUUCACUGAACUCUCGACCGCCGGAUCGGGCGCUUACGGAACGGUAUUUAAAGUGAGGCAUACAUUGGAUGAUAAUAUAUAUGCGGUUAAAAAAGUACAAUUUGAAGACAAUAUGGAGGAGAAGGAAAUGAUGAGAGAAGUGGAAAAUCUGCGAAAAUUGGACUCAGAUUUUGUGGUCAAAUACAAGAACUCGUGGACUGAAGGCAAACAGCUCUACAUUCAGAUGGAGUACUGCUCGCAAACACUCGCGUCUGUACUCCGAGACAAACAACUAGUGUUUGGCAGACAAUCGGCUGAAGCCAUGAAUCUCUACGAGUAUUUCAUUUGUUGCGAAAUAUUUCGGGAACUCUUGCAAUGCGUCCGUUAUCUACACGAACUGAACCCGCCUUUCAUUCACCGGGAUUUAAAGCCCGACAAUAUACUGAUUUCGUACACUAGUGGUAAUAACACGUUUGUAAAACUUGGUGACUUUGGUUCGGCUACUGUCAAUAGUCGCACAUUUAAAAGCCAGACACAGGGGGCGGCAACUUUCAAAUAUAUGGCCCCGGAAGCUUAUUCCCAUAAUAAAUAUGGUCUUAAAUCAGACAUUUAUAGUGUGGGUGCUAUUGGUAUGAAAUUGUUUGAUGUAAAUACAGGUGAUUGCCAACGAUAUAAGUCGACCACAUUUUGCGAACAAUUUAAUAAUUUGCAACACUUUCUGACGUCAAUGACUGAGAGUAUUGCCGAUAAGCGGUCGACCAGUGGUCAAGUGCUCGACGACUAUAGCCAGUGGUCUGUCGACAAACACGUGAUUACCGAAAGCAAACAGGAAUUCAAUGAAAUCCUAAAUAAACUCAAAUCAAACGAAAACACAUUUUUCUACGAAUGCCUACUCUUUAAGACUGAGUCCACGGAUAGAGUGGCCAAAAGCCUCGCGGAAGAAACACAGCGAUGCGAUUCGGCAUUGGAUGCAAUCAGGAAACUCGUGGCCGCCGAAGAGGAUCGGGUCAAACGGCGGAACCCAUUGACCACAAACUUCAACACCGAUGAUAUCGGGGCUGAACUGACACGAGUGGAUCAUUUGGUGAGCGCUUUCCAAACUGAUGUCCAAACUUUAAGCAAGAGUGGCAACAGUGAGGUUAACGUCGGGGAACUCGACGAUCGGGUACAACACCUGCGCCAGCGAUUGGCGAGCGUUAAGGACCAGUUCGGGACACAAGUGUUGGUCCCGUUGGUGGCCAAACGCACCGAAGCCCAGCGCCGGUCUCCAGGCGCCCAACAGACACUUAUGGACAAAUACCCGACCAUUGAUCAGCUCCGGGAGUGUAUACGACAGGUGGCAGAGAUGGAAGAUAGGCUCUCAGAACUCGGACAGGCUUACGAUUUGCCGGCGUUGAUAAUUAAGGCCGACAAAUGUCGGGCACAAAAACAGGCAAUCGACGAGUUCGGCCGUACGGUCGAGCGGUGCGGCCAAAAGCUAUACGAGUUGACCGAUAUUGUGGACAAGGAGUACGUGAAUGCGUUCUCGUAUUUUCUAAAUAUCCUAAAUGCUCGAUACGGGGCGCUCGUUGAAUGGGCAGCUCGUAAGCUGAAAUAUACUGACGAGUUCCUUGCUACGAUACAGACGGGCAACUAUUAUUCAUGCUGGUUA